GGAAAGGCUUACAAGGUCCCCCAGAAGCACAAUAAAUCCACUGGCAAUGAGAGUAGCGCUCUUUUAGCAUUUUCCAAUGCCAACUGGGGUGCACCCACUAGGUUGUACAUCAAAUCCAUCACCUGCAUGGGAGACUCAGUCAUUCACAAAAUCUGGGAGAGAACUCAGAACCUCUCUACUAAGAGGCAUGGUGUGUGGAAGGACCUAGAUGAGGAAUCGGAGGAUGAGCACACACUUAUCUACUAG